AUGAUAGUAAGGUUAAGGUUAACCUAAUAGGGGGGAAAUUCUUUCAAAGGCUUAAUUCUUAGUGGUUACUCUUACGAUUUUGUAUAGGUAGAUGGAGUAGAUGAAUAAUUAUAUAUCAACAACCAUACAUACACCAAGAUUCCUCACCGCAUAAUUGUCCUACCAUAUCGUAUGUAGGCCUUCGGGUUCGAGGAUUAGAUGUUUAAAUUAUUAAAUGGUGCCUGCCUACAGCCGUUAGGGUUACUGCCAAUAAAUCUCACGUUCGGAAAUUUUCCAAGGUUGGGAUCUUAAAAACGUAAUUGGAGGUCCUGAAGGAUGAAAUGGACAUGUAUUAUCAGGCUAUUAGUCAAGAACAACGGCCUAAUAUGGCUUUGAUGUACAUUUACAAAUUCAAACGGUGCAUAUGGCCCCCAAAAGAUUCGGACGAAAGGUACGCGGAUAUAGUUUUGUGAUUAUUUAUUAACCUAUCAUGUUCCCGUCUUUCUUCUUUGCCUAUGAUAUUUUCUUGGGUGAGUAGUCACAACAUAAAUUUGUUGUACGGCUCAACCAUUUGUACUUUCUUAACUCCUACCUCGAGCGGCUGAUCAUGAGAAAUGUCGUGUAACUUGUUGAAUGAUAAGAUGGUGAAAUAUCCUUUGCAGAAAAUAUUUAUGGAGGCUCAAUAAACCUUAUUAAAUGAUUUUCGUCUACGAAAGCAGUCAUGUCGAGUGAAACUUCUCAACAUACGACAACUGCUGCUCUGAUCGUUACUAUAUUAGCAGUUAUUGCUGUCGCCCUUCGAUUCUUAACAAGACGAUUGACUAAAGCUGGUAUUGCGGCGGAUGAUUGGUGGAUUUUGAUCGGUGUUCUGUUAUUGAUUAUAACUGGUAGUCUCCUCCUCUAUGGUAUGUGAUAGAUUAACGGCAGUUCAGUAUCUCAAAAUAGUCAUAACCAAUUGUUCUAGGCGUCAAAUCAGACCCGAACGGUGGCGAGACAAUCAAUCGCGAUGAUCCAACUUUCGAUUAUACUCCUCAUGUCGUAUAUCUGAAGAUGUCAUGGACAUGCGCCAUCCUUUACUUUUCCGUUGUGACGGCUAUCAAAAUUUCCAUCCUUCUAAUGUAUCGUCGUAUAUUCUCCACUAGUUUGGAACGUUCGUAUUGGACCUUCAUGAGUUUGGUGAUAACAUGGUGGCUUGUUGGUACUAUCGCUACUUGUAUCAGUUGUAUCCCGGCGAGCAGAUUUUGGAUUGGACACUCCGCUGGCGGCUGGUGUUUUAAUUUCAACAUCUAUUGGAUGGUUAUGGGUCUAGUGGAAAUUGUGGUCGACAUUGGAAUCCUGGUAUUACCAAUAGGUGUUGUUGUUGGACUUCAAAUGCCGAAUUCCCAAAAAGUAUUGGUUGGAGGCAUCUUCCUACUUGGAAGUUUGUAAGUGUGUCGAAGUUCUUUUCCUGGAUCUGCUCAUACUAACACCAUGAAAGCGUUAUCGUCACAGGCAUUGUACGUGUGGUUCUUGGAUAUGCUCCUGGUAGUCAAAAUGUCGACUUUCCACGAGCAGAAUUGUGGUCUGCUGUCCACGUUGGAAUGGCAAUAGUCUGUGCUUGUCUUCCAAACUUUCGUCCACUUUUAAAUCGCAUCACUGCAUCAGCGCGACGCCUUUAUGGUUCCGCUAUAACGAGUGAUAGAGAUCGUAAUGCAAGUGGUUCCAGUGGGGGCCGAAGUGCAGCGUCAAAAAACAAAAAGCCAGCGGAAUUGAUGACAUUGGGUAACAUCCGACGCCAGAGACCGAACGAAUUGGAGGAUACCAAUGCAGAUACUAUGCGAUUGACCAUGAAUGAGAGUGGAGAUUUAGAAUCACUCCACCAUGCAGAAUUCAGAGCCGAGGGGAUAGAGGAAUCCAGACCUCGAGGAAUCAAUGAAAUAUGAUAGUCUAGACUCACUUUGGACAAUUAAAUCCUAUAUAUCCCACCACUUGAUAAGAUUGAAAAAUUUAUGAGAACAUGAAGAUUGAAAAUGUAUGGAAAGUCUAGAGAAAUCCAUUGAAAGAUGUAAACUUCCAAUGCGCCAGAAUAGUUUAGUGCGAUGCAGGGUUCAGGUUCUUACUCUGGGCACGUGAUCGGGCAUUUUGAAGUGGACUCGGCAAACGAUCGAACUUACAACUACAACGCAGGGCAGGUAAGGAGGAUAAAUGCCCCAUUCAUGUAUCUUUUGUUUGCCUUCCUUCAAACCCUAUUGAUGAGGAACUCAAUGGGGUUUGACAGUCAGG